AUGGGGGAGCUUCUCGAAAAGAUUAUGCAAUACUUACUGGAGCUUCUUGAAAAGAUUAUGCGAUACUUACUGGAGCUUCUUAAAAAGAUUACGCGAUACUUACUGGAGCUUCUUGAAAAGGUUAUGCGAUACUUACUGGAUCUUCUUAAAAAGAUUACACGAUACUUACUGGAGCUUCUUGAAAAGGUUAUGCGAUACUUACUGGAGCUUUUUGAAAAGAUUACGCGAUACUUACUGGAGCUUCUUGAAAAGGUUAUGCGAUACUUACUGGAGCUUCUUGAAAAGGCUGACGAAGAACUAUCAAGUAACACAAACCACAAUGAAAUCAAAAGGUCAGUUGGUACAGAAAACGAAGUAGAUCUAGAUAAAAGGCCAUUUGAUUCUAUAUCUGGAAGUCAUGGCCUAUCAGGAUUCGCCAAAAGACCUUUUGAUUCUAUUUCGGGAAGCCACGGUUUGUCAGGAUUCGCUAAACGUCCAUUCGACUCCAUUUCAGGCAGUCACGGUUUGUCAGGAUUCGCUAAACGUCCAUUCGACUCCAUUUCAGGUAGCCAUGGUUUGUCAGGAUUCGCUAAACGUCCAUUCGACUCCAUGUCAGGUAGCCAUGGUUUGUCAGGAUUCGCUAAACGUCCAUUCGACUCCAUUUCAGGUAGCCAUGGUUUGUCAGGAUUCGCUAAACGUCCAUUCGACUCCAUUUCAGGCAGUCACGGUUUGUCAGGAUUCGCUAAACGUCCAUUCGACUCCAUUUCAGGUAGCCAUGGUUUGUCAGGAUUCGCUAAACGACCAUUCGACUCUAUUUCAGGCAGCCAUGGUUUGUCAGGAUUCGCUAAACGCCCAUUCGACUCCAUUUCAGGCAGCCAUGGUUUGUCAGGAUUCGCUAAACGUCCAUUCGACUCCAUUUCAGGCAGCCAUGGUUUGUCAGGAUUCGCUAAACGUCCAUUCGACUCCAUUUCAGGCAGUCACGGUUUGUCGGGAUUCGCUAAACGUCCGUUCGACUCCAUUUCAGGCAGUCACGGUUUGUCGGGAUUCGCAAAGAGAUCAAUGGACGAAGAAAGCCUUUAUGGUGCCUAUAAGGAAUCAGAUGACGACAUAUACCGCAGAGAAAUAGAAGAAGAGGAUGAUAAAUUGUUCAAUGUGGCCGAGGAGGAGCUACAGACUGUUUCUGAAAACACUGUUUAA